UGGCCACUGUUCAAACCUUGCACUAAAAAUUUUUUAAAAAAAAAGGCAAAAAGAUAUUUGGGGGGAAAGAGGAGUCUCGUCCUUGAGACUUGGCAUGGUUUGGGUUACUGCGUGGGAUUGCGAGCCUGCCAAAUGUGCGCUCCGUCUCAUGCAGAAGCUCUUUGCACGAGGUACAUGGUGGGAUGACCAGGCGGUGAUUCGGGUGGGAAAGGGUCUGGAGAGUCGUUCUGCAGGUUGCAGGCAAUCGGGGAGCUUCCAUCUGGCUUCAGCGUGAUCGUGUGCAGUAAAUAAGCCACUGUGAGGGGCUCUGAAGAUUUUAUCUCGCGAUAAUGUCGAGAGCUUCGAGGUCGCCCUCGGGUCUACGCACUGGGAGCUGCCCCACGGAACAAGCAUCCGGUGUAGGUUCUUCUUGGAGGAAAUGGCAAGGCACGGUCUGGUCUAUUGCACAAGAGCAAACGGUCAAGAAAUCUCUUCCAGAAGAAUUAAGGAAAAAGCCUGAAGCGUCAUUUCUGUCAGCCUUUGUAUCGGCCUCCUUCGCUACGACCAUGUGUUAUCCGCUUGACACUGCACGGCGGCAAAUGCAAAUGAAGGGCUCACUGUUCAACUCUUUUCUUGAUACUAAUCCAGGUAUUGUUGCUCGAGAUGGUUUCCAUGGUUUGUACCGCGGUUUUGGUCCGAACGUGCUGAAAAACCUCCCAAACAGCAGUAUUCGAUUGACGACCUUUGAUGCUGCCAAGAAUCUAAUUACCGCUAGCCAGGCUGAGUACCAGAGAGUUCUCGAAGAGCAUCAGAAAUCUUUCACCAGUUCUUAGACGUCGACGUUAUUUUUAAUUCAUUUAUUUAAUCCACAUUUACAAUUUUGGCUUGGAUAGUAGUCACUUUAUUCAAUUGAAGAUUCCCAACCAUUUGCGGAUGAAGGUGAGGAGCUGAUGAACUCACGAAGGCUAUCCGUCAUGACAGUCUAUAUCCAGGAGCUCAACUUUUGAUAGAAUUUGUGGUUUGGCCAAUUGGCUUAACAAGCUCAUUGAUGACCAUGGACAUUAUUGUGAGCGAUGAGUUCGACUUGGCUACUUCCGACAUUUUAUCUCUAAUAUUACCCACUGGGUUGCUGACGCUGGUUUAAGUUGAACUUGCACCUUGUGAUCAUCAUCA